CCCGGCCACUUCGAAGUCGUCAAGCUGCUGGUGAGUCACGGCGCCAACGUGAACCACACCACGGUGACCAACUCGACUCCCCUGAGGGCCGCGUGCUUCGACGGCAGGCUGGACAUCGUGAAAUACCUGGUGGAAAACAAUGCCAACAUCAGCAUCGCCAACAAGUACGACAACACUUGCCUUAUGAUCGCGGCUUACAAAGGCCACACGGACGUGGUGAGGUACCUCCUCGAGCAGCACGCCGAUCCCAACGCCAAAGCCCACUGCGGGGCCACGGCGCUGCACUUCGCGGCCGAGGCCGGCCACCUGGAGAUAGUGAGGGAGCUGGUCAAGUGGAAGGCGGCGAUGAUUGUGAACGGCCAUGGGAUGACCCCGCUGAAGGUCGCCGCCGAGAGCUGCAAGGCCGACGUUGUGGAGCUGCUGCUGGCUCACGCCGACUGCGACCGGAGAAGCCGGAUCGAAGCUCUGGAACUCCUGGGCGCCUCGUUUGCCAAUGACAGGGAAAACUAUGAUAUAAUGAAGACUUACCACUAUUUAUAUUUAGCGAUGCUGGAGAGGUACCGAGACAGCGAGAACGUAAUUGAAAAAGAAGUUCUUCCCCAAAUUGAAGCUUACGGCAACAGGACUGAAUGCAGGACUCCUCAGGAAUUAGAGUCCAUUAGGCAGGACCGAGAUGCCCUGCACAUGGAAGGCCUCAUUGUGCGGGAAAGAAUUCUGGGCUCGGACAAUAUCGAUGUUUCUCACCCCAUUAUUUACCGCGGAGCUGUUUAUGCGGAUAACAUGGAGUUCGAACAGUGUGUCAAGCUGUGGCUCCACGCGUUGCACCUGAGGCAGAAAGGCAACAGGAACACUCACAAGGACCUCCUGAGGUUCGCUCAGGUCUUCUCGCAGAUGAUCCACUUGAAUGAGCCCGUGAAGGCCAAGGACAUCGAGAGCGUUCUGAGGUGCAGCCUCUUGGAGAUAGAGCAAGGCAUGUCCCGGAUCAAAACCACCCAAGACUCUGACAUCCACACAGCCAUGGACAACUACGAAUGCAACAUUUUUACCUUCCUCUACUUAGUCUGCAUCUCUACCAAGACGCAGUGCAGCGAGGAGGAUCAGUCGCAAAUCAACAAGCAGAUCUAUAACCUGAUUCACCUCGACCCCAGAACCCGCGAUGGCUCCAGUCUGCUGCAUCACGCUGUCAAUUCCAGCACUCCGGUGGACGACUUCCACACGAACGACGUCUGCAGCUUCCCCAACGCGCUCGUCACGAAACUCUUGCUAGAUUGUGGUGCUGACGUGAACGCUGUGGACAACGAAGGAAACAGUCCGCUCCACAUCAUCGUCCAGUACCACAGGCCCAUCAGUGACUUCUUGACGUUGCACUCAAUCAUCAUUAGCCUGGUGGAGGCUGGUGCUCACACGGACAUGACGAAUAAGCAGAAGAAAACCCCUCUGGAUAAAAGUACGACAGGGGUGUCUGAAAUACUCCUUAAAACUCAAAUGAAGCUGAGUCUCAAGUGCCUGGCUGCCCGAGCAGUGCGGAUCUAUAACAUCAGCUACCAGAACCAGAUCCCCAGAACUCUGGAGGAGUUUGUCAAGUUUCACUAG